GGAAUCUUUAGCAAAUCUGAAAAUUGAAAUACAUUGUCAUAUUGUAAAUUACAAAGGUGUGAUGCCUCAUUAAAAUAAUUAAUUGUAGUUUUUAGUGUUUUACUUAAAAAGUAUCAAAUUUAGAUUUCAGCCAUCUAUUGGUUAGCUUGUUUUAGGAGUGUGUCAGCAUGUGUUUAUACCCUUCCUACCCUUUACUCUCAAACUGUAGUGUUUCUAUGAUGAUAAUUGUCUUUCCUUCCCAGUCUACCCUUCUUUUUCCUCUUCGCAGCCAAUCAGAGGCCAAUAAAUCAAUUAUCUGUCAAUGAUGAUCAGUGAUGUGAUGGAUGUAACGCUGAAAACGUUUAACUCUCUGUCUCCCUCUCGUUUUCUUCCUCUCUUGUCUACCAGUUGAUGUGGCACUAAUUUUUUUCACUUUUUCUCUCCUUCCCUCUUUCCUCUCAGCCAUCAAAAGCAAAUUGUAAAUAUUGUUUUCCUGAGUAUUACAGUAAAGAGAUGUCCAUAAAAAACUAUCUAAAUAGCAGAAAGUCCUGCAGGACGACUCUAGUUAAUAAUGUAAAUCUGUAGCUGUGAUUGAUGUGUGUGCAAUGUUUCCUGUCCCUCAUCUCAUUGCACAUAUAUAAACACUUCUCCAGAGGUCAGAAUUGCAAAAAGAUCAUUGGUUGAGAGCGAUGCAGAUGUCUCUGUGGAAACUGCAGGGUGAAGUGUGAGAGAGAGAGAUACUUGGAAUAUCAGCUUGGCUCUGCCAUGGGGCAUGUGUGGAAGUGGACUCCGACAUGGAGGCAGUGAAGGGGAAAGGCUUCAAAUUGGGCUGUAUCUCUUGCAAGAUGAGAGGGGAAGUGCCGGCCUCUGCCACAGUGGACUGGUGGUUCAGGGUCAAAGGCGAGAGUGAAUUUGCACAUAUCUACAGUUAUGCAGAUAUGACAGGCUACAUAAUGGAUGACCGCUUCGAUGACCGCCUGGCCUGGAACGGCAGUAAAAAAACCGAUGAUGUGCAGGACGGCUCAAUUUUCAUCCUUAACGUCACCUUCAACGACACUGGCACCUAUCGAUGUUUCUUCGACCGCACCCUUGUCUUCCCCAAUUACGAGUACCGCACCAACGCCACCAAGUUUAUCAACAUCAACGUAGUAGGCAAAGCUACACGAGGCAUGGCGUCCAUCUUUUCUGAGAUCAUGAUGUACGUGUCCAUCAUCGGGCUGCAGUUGUGGCUGGUGGUGGAGAUGGUCUACUGUUACAGGAAGAUCGCAGCAGCUGGAGAGGAAGCACUGAGAGAGAGCGAGGCGGAAUAUUUAGCUAUAACCUCGGAGAACAAAGAUAAUUCUGCAGGUGUAGCGGUGGCAGAAUAACACAGGUCCAAAAAAAGUCUCAAGCCAAAAGCUUGACGCUCCAUCCAUCGUGGCCUCCUCCGUCACCGGCUCUCUGUGAAAACGCAGGGCUGCUGUUGUGUACGACUGUGACAGAACCGCCAUUCUAAACCAUCAGGGAAACACACAGUCACACAUUACAUCAAAAGGAAAUGUUUUGUUUUAAGGCUCUAGAUGAGAACUUCGAGGUUAACGAAUGAAUGAUGCAUUCAUUGGUUCAAGCAUGAAUCUGUAACACUGAACAUGACUUGUACAUACGUGUUUUAGCUUUUAACACCUCUUUGCUUUUUCCACAUAAUGUGAACUCAGCUUUACAUGCGAUAAAAAUGAGUCACCACAGUAUAUCUACUAAGCAAGAGGACAUCACAAAUAUUAUAAAGUGUAUAAAAAAAAUCACUAGUAUAUUUAAAGGGGUGGUUCACUGUUUUUUUUCUAGACUUGAUUGU